AUGACAGACUACGUGGAUGCUUGGAGCUUAUGCGUGAGCAGUUUUCUAUCGUUCAAAAGCUCACGAAAGUGGAUGAAGCACUCCGCUGAGAUAACAGUCGCACGCUCCAGGGGAGCCGGGGCCGGGCGCAGCCGCCGCCCGCCCGCUCUCCCGGGCAGCGGCGCCGCCGGCGCGGCGGGCACCGCCACCUCCGCGCUGUGCCUGCUGCUCUCGCUCACCGCCGUGGCCGUGUGCCUGCUGCUGGGCGCCAAGACGGCGGAGCUGCAGGGCCGGCUGGCCGCGCUGGAGGAGCGGGGCGCCGCCGGCCACGGGCCGCUGCUGGACGCGCUGCAGCCCCGCGUGGAGCAGCUGUUCCGCGAGAAACUCGGCGAGGGACUGGCGAAGCUGCGGACGGCGCGAGAGGCUCCCCCAGACUGCGUGUGCCCCCCAGGGCCCCCGGGGCGGCGAGGGAAGCCCGGCCGGCGUGGGGAACCUGGACCGGCAGGGCCUCUUGGCUUGGAUGGCAAACCAGGACCUCCAGGACCAAAAGGGGAAAAGGGGGAAGCAGGAGACAUCGGCCCAAGGAUGGUUUUUCCCCACCUCAGUCAUGGAUUUCUGGCUAAUGAUCAGCUCGUCUUUAGCCGGCGAGUGCUCAAGGGUGAUCAAGGUCGAGAUGGAGCCACGGGCCCCCCUGGUCCGCCAGGACCCCCAGGUGCCCGGGGGCCUCCUGGUGACACGGGAAAGGAUGGCCCCAGAGGACCUCCAGGCUCCCCUGGUUUCAAAGGCGAGCCAGGAGAGGAUGGAGUCAUGGGUGCCAGAGGACCUCCAGGACCAAAGGGUGAGCCUGGUGUCCAGGGGAAAAAGGGCGAUGAUGGGAUCCCUGGGGAGCCAGGACUUGUGGGCCCUAAGGGAGAAAAAGGAAGCGUGGGUCCCAAGGGAGAGAACGGCACAGAUGGCUUCCCAGGAAUAAAGGGUGAACCUGGUGAGAAGGGAGGAAUUGGCUCCAUUGGACCCCGGGGUCCCCCUGGGCUGAAAGGGGAGCAGGGAGACACCGUCGUGAUCGACUACGACGGCCGAAUCCUGGACGCGCUCAAGGCUGCAGGGAUACACAAAGUGCUGGGUCCACCAGGUCCCCCAGGGCCACCGGGCCCCCAAGGCACUCCAGGUCCCAAGGGAGAGCUGGGCUUGCCAGGUCCACCUGGAAUGGAUGGUGAAAAGGGUCCCAAAGGAGCAAAGGGUGACCAGGGCAGCAUGGGGACCACGGGGCAGAAAGGAGAGACAGGAGAAGUGGGCUCAGCAGGUCCCCCGGGAGCAGAAGGGCCAAAAGGAGACAGAGGAGAAAAAGGAGACACUGGGUCACCAUGUCUGCAGAAUAAUCAUAUCAUACCUGAGCCUGGACCCCCUGGAUUACCUGGCCCUAUGGGUCCUCCAGGAAUCCAGGGGCCUAAAGGUUUGGAUGGUGCAAAGGGAGAGAAAGGUGACACUGGUGAGAAGGGGGACCAAGGUGACACCGGACCUGCUGGUCUCCCAGGUGCUCCAGGGCUCAUUGGUUUACCUGGUACCAAAGGAGAAAAGGGAAAGCCAGGGGAGCCAGGAUUGGAUGGUUUCCCCGGUCUCAGAGGAGAGAAAGGAGAGAGAAGUGAAAGAGGCGAGAAGGGUGAACGAGGAAUACCAGGGAGAAAAGGGGCCAAAGGACAGAAGGGGGAACCAGGCCCCCCCGGACUGGAUCAGCCUUGUCCCGUGGGAGGUCAUAGCAUUGCAGGCAGCAAAAGGGAUCCAGGUUUGCCAGGCCUGGAUGGGGUGAGCCUGCCCUGCCCUUUGGGACCAGACGGACUGCCAGUAGCAGGAUGUUGGCAUAAGGUACAGUAACAUUAAUAAUUGUAUAUCCUUGAACAGGUCCUGAGUAGUUCUGCUCCCUGCAUGGUGAUUGUUUGCACUGCUGAACAUGCUUUAAGCAGCAGCUCACAGGCCUGGCAGACAUGACAUUACGCCUUGGGAGAGCAGGAUUCCAGCAGCUUCAGGUCUUGUUCCCCCAGCUCUAGACUGGUGCUGGGAACACCAAAAACUUGCUAAGCAUGACACAAAUCAUUGUUAACACUGUCAGUAGAGUGCCUUUUUACAGGCCUGCUCAGCUUUUAUCAUAGCCAAGGAAGCUCAGGAACCACCCAUGGAAAGGCUGCCCCAGGUGCUCAUGUGCCUUUCUCAGUCUGAGAAGUUAACAAUGGGUUGUCUCUUUGCUACAGAGUUCCAAACAUUUCAUUCCUAACAAAAACUCUUCUGCCGUUGUAAUUAUAACUCACAACCACUGCACUGCCUGAGUGCUCUGAUCAGCACCCUGGGUGCAGUGGUCAGGUAAUUUGUAGCAUCUCGUGCACCCAGAGCAGCCUGGGAGAAUGAGGAGAGAUGUGUCCUCCUGUAAAAUGAGGAUUUAAUCCAGACUUGUAGGAGAAUCCUCAUUCUCCAACAAGAGUAUGACUCUGAAGCUGAGUGGAAUUACAAACCCAGCUGUAAACAUGUGGUAUGUGAACACAGCUGGAGUUAACAGCAUGCCACUAACUGAUUGCAAACCCUCAGUUGGAAUGUGAGCACACCCUUGGUCUAUCCAAGGUUUUAAUUCUGUGUAAUUUGUUUGGAUGUACCAUUAAUAUUAAAGAAAUCUGAAUGCCAAUCCUUAUAGUAUUAACAGUAAGGUUAGUAAGUGUAAUGAAUGGAGCAUUUCUCUGAUCAAAAUGUUUGUUUGUGUGUUCUUUUUCAGUGAUCUCUAAGCAUGAAGCACAAUAUGUAAAUAAUGUGAUAUAUUUUGAUCUUUUUAAUUUUUGUAUAAAAAAAGGAAAAAAAAACUUUUGACAGUAAUAUAUUGACCUUUUUUUAUACUGGAUUCUGACAUUUAUGGACUUGGAAAAUAAUGUAAAGCUCUCAAACCUAUACCAUUGCAUGGUAACACCAGGAUUUGCUAAAGGUACCGAUGGCAGUAGCUGAGGAUGAACAGUGUUCCCUGCUCAUGCUGCAGUGUGAACUAACAGUACUGAGCCAGCCUCGUGUGCCUUACUGCAUGAAGGAGGGCAAAACCCCUGUCCUAAUUUGGCUCUCAACUUCAUAUUUGCAUUGUACAUGCACAUUAAAAGGGUGAAAAAACCUGGCUGAAAACAAAGAAAAGAAGGAUUCAGCCCUGAAAAUGAAAGAAGCUGCUGUCUACUGUCUGGUCAAGCAGGAGAAGGAUUUGCAACCUGCAGAGGAAACAAAGCCAAGCUCCAUCCAUCACUACCUGCUGUGGGUGUGAUGGGAACAGCAAUUCUGGGGCUAAACUGAACAACCUUGACUGCCUGUGGUUAUUUCCUCUACAAUCAAGAGAAACCUUUUUCCUCCAGAGGAAGCACCUCUGGGUCCUGUUCUGGGGUGUGAUCCUGAAGAUGUGCCAGCACUUUGUUGCUGUGGAACACAAAUUCCCCAGGAAGCCUCUGCUGCAGAAUUUCAAACCAGAAAAACCUGGCAGUAUUUCAGUGCAGGGAGCUGCAGGACAGGGAAGGCUCUGCUCAAGUCCCUUCUUAAACAACAGAGCACAUAAAUGCUGAUCUUGGAGUUCCCAGAAAUUGGGAGUUUGGAAUAUUUAAUUGACUUGGUUUGUGGGGUUCAUUUGCUUUUUAUUUCUUCUUGGUUUACAUGGUUUUAACUGUAAACUAACUCUGCACUCUCCUCUUGUUGUCUUAUUUUUCUUCACCUUUUCAGUCUCUUUUGUUAAAUUAUCUCUUCUCAGGCACAUCCCAUGCAGAGCAGGGUAGUGGAUAAAAAUCACUAUUAUUUUGAUAUCUGCAUAUGCCACUGUGGGAUCAAUUAAAAUUUCAAACUAUUCCACAGUUCAACAUUUUUAAGAUGUCGAAAAAACAUCAAUUGUGCAGCAGAGAGCCAUAAAAAAAUAUUUCAAAGAGGAAGAAGAUGGCUUACAGCCGAGUCUGUUCAGCUUACAAUGAAGAUCAAGAAGCAACCAGAUUCCUUUACAGGGAGGAGAUACUUUGUAUUAACAAGUUUUUAAACUGCACAGAGAAAGAUACACAAAUAUUCAUCCAAUGAGUAGAAGUUGAAGCCACACAAACUCAAAAAAGUAAGCUGUGGCUUUUUAUUGGUAAAACUGGUUAAUCCUAACCAGAUCAGUGAUAAAUUGCUAUCACCCUUAUGUCCUUUUCAUUUAACAGAUCAUGUCUGGAGGAAAUACUUUGCUCAAUACAAGUUGCUGGGUUCCGAGUAGGAGUUCUAGGUGAAAUCAGGAGCCUGACUGUAAUAUCAAACACAGUAUUAUGGCUCUUUGUGGCCUUGAUCUUAGAGAAUACAGAAGGGAGGCAGUUUUGGUGCACUGAGUAGAUCCAAAACCUCUGUUAAGAUUCUUGCUUCACUGCCACUCUCACUGCAGCUACUGCCAGAGGGACUGAGAGAGGGAUGGGACUGUCCAGGUGCACCCUGUGCUGUCCAAGCUGACCUAGUGCUGGAGGUCUUGCUCCAAUAUCGUGAACAACAGUGGGAAUGUGCUUUGUGCCCCACACAGGUAGGGUGAUGCCUGGUGUCUGUGAGUUCUCAGCUGUCCUUGAGUUUACCCCAGGAGUCAGGGUGAGCCUGUGCUCUGUGCUGGAAUGGUCACCAAGCUCAGGAGAGGUGACAGCCUCAGGGCUGUGGGCAGUGCAUUUGUACCUGGUUGGCUGCUCAGGGCUACACC